AUGUGUGCUGCAACAGUCAAAGCUUCCGUCUUGCACGGCGAAAGAGAUCUCCGUCUGGAAGAGCGCAGCCUCCCAACUCCCUCCGCAGACGAGGUCCAAGUCGCCGUCCAGUCCACCGGCCUCUGCGGCUCUGACCUGCACUACUUCGGCCACUUCCGCAACGGCGAUAUCCUCGUGCGCGAGCCGCUGACGCUGGGCCACGAGUCCAGCGGCACCAUUGUCGCCGUGGGCGAUGCAGUCACGAACCUCAAGCCGGGCGACCGGGUCGCACUCGAGGUCGGCUUGCCGUGCGAGAACUGCGAGUACUGCAACAGCGGGAGAUACAACAUCUGCAGGGGCAUGAAGUUCCGGAGCUCGGCCAAGGCCUUUCCUCAUAUGCAGGGGACGCUGCAGGAGAGAAUCAACCAUCCUGCGCGAUGGGUUCACAAACUCCCCGAAUCCAUCCCCCUUGAUCUGGGAGCCCUCAUCGAGCCUCUCUCCGUCGCCAUGCACGCUCAUCGCCGCGCCAACCUCGCCUCCGAAUCCACCGUCCUCAUCUUCGGCGCCGGAGCCGUCGGACUUCUGUGCGCAGCCGUGAGCAAGGCCAACGGCGCUUCUGCCGUCGUCGUAGCAGACAUUCAAAAGGACCGCGUCGACUUCGCCAUUGCCAACGGCUUCGCAGACGCGGGCUUCGUCGUGCCGCUGGCGAGGCCGGAGACGAUUGACGAGAAGCUGGCCUAUGCCGAGGACGUCGCGGAGGAGGCCAAGAGCGUCAAGGUGAAGGGCGAGGAGGUUGGCGAGUUUGGAGCUGUGUAUGAGUGCACUGGCGUGGAGACUUGCUUGCAGAGCGCAAUCUACGCGACGAAGCCCGGUGGGAAAGUCAUGAUCAUCGGCAUGGGCACCCCGAUUCUCACAGUGCCCAUGUCUGCGGCCGCCCUUCGAGAAGUCGACCUCGUCGGCGUCUUUCGAUAUGCCAACACGUAUCCUGCAGCCAUCGAGAUGCUCUCCAACAAGCCGCCAGGGUUACCCAAUCUGCAAAAGCUCGUCACGCACCGCUUCAAGGGCCUGGAUGAGAUCAAGCAUGCGUUUGAAAUGGCUGGCAAGGUCAAGGAUGGAGAGGGCAAGUUGGUUAUCAAGGUCGUGGUAGACAUGUCAUAG